GAACCCAAGGCGGAUAACCAAAGCCCGGGUUGAUUUCCUCCGGCGGAAGUUUCAGACAACACGCAGCAUGAUUGCCUCUAUCUCGUCCAAAAUCUGACAUCCGAAUUCCCCACGAGUACAGAUAGACUAGUUUCAUUUCAGCGAGUCGGGGGCGGUAUAUCUUGGCAGGAGCUUCUGGGGUUAGUCAAUGCCAUCAUUUACGGCGUGGACCAAUAAAUUCUCCGGACCAAUCAUCACGGGCUGGUUAGAAGUGCUCCCAGUCUUAUCAUACCCAAUAAUACCAAGCGACCUAUAAAGGUCUUAUUCUGGUCUACAGCUGCCUAUCUCUUCCUGUUCACACUGCGACGUGCAUCAAGUCUUCCUUGCAACGAUGGGUUCAUCUGUAUCCAAGGUUCCUGCUCAAGUUUCGGGCACUCUGAACACAACAUCUGAAUCUGAAUCACUCAACGAGAAAGCCUUUGUUCGCCCACAAAGCUCCACGUCACUCACAGCGGGUUCGCCGCCUUUGGCAACCGACGGUUCAAUUUCACUGUCUAAUGUCGAUACAUGGGAGUCCGCCGCCGCUGCGGACCCAAAGAUCCAGCUUGCCCGCACAAUCCUUGCGCAUAACAACAUAAAGUCGUCGCUUACCAGUCGUCCGGCCGGCGUUGCGAUACCCCAUGUUUUCAAUCACGAGGUGGAGUUCAAAACUGGACCCGUCACAAACCAGAAGUCCAGUGGUAGAUGUUGGCUCUUCGCAACUACCAACGUCAUUCGACAUGAAGUCAUGAAGAAACUAAAGCUCAAGGAAUUCCAGCUCUCCCAGUCUUACCUCUUUUUCUGGGACAAGUUGAACAAGUCCAAUUAUUACCUCGAGCUUGCUAUCGAGAAUGCAGACCUGCCUGUCGAUGAUCGCCUAGUCAACUUCCUCGCGAAGGACCUCAUUAGCGACGGCGGUCAAUGGGACAUGGCUGUCAACUUGCUUGAGACAUACGGUCUUGUUCCUCAGCCAAUUUAUCCCGAGUCAUUCCAUUCAAGUGCCUCGAGUCCCAUCAACACUCUUCUGAAGAUGAAGCUCCGAGAGCAUGCUCUCACUCUUCGCACCCUCUCUUCAUCACUGAAGGCCGAUCACAACGUCUCGCAGGAAUUAGCUAUCUCAACCCUUCGUGCGAAGAAGGAAGAGCUUAUGCAAGAGGUUUAUACCAUUAUGAGCGCAACCCUCGGUGUUCCUCCUAAGCCUAACGCGGCCUUCACUUGGGAGUAUUACACUGAAGAUGGCAAGUAUGCGAAGUGGGAGGGUACUCCUUUGGAGUUCUACAAGGCUUUCACGGCCAAGUUCUCGCCGGCGGAGUCUUUCUCCCUUAUUAACGACCCGCGAAAUGACUACGGCAAGCUAUUCACCGUGGACAAGCUCGGCAACAUUUGGGGCGGACGACCUGUUUUGUAUGUGAACACUGCGAUCGAUGACCUCAAGCAGGCCAUAGUCCGAUCUAUCAAGGCCGGCCAGCCAGUCUUCUUCGGUUGUGAUGUAGGUCAAUUCUCCGACUCCAGCAAGGAUAUCGGUAUCAUGGACACCGACUAUUUCGAAUACGAGCAAGCAUUCAACAUCACGCUGGGGCUUACCAAGGCCGAGCGGCUGCAGACAAACGAGUCCGCCAUGACACAUGCAAUGGUUAUCUCCGGCGUGCAUGUGGACGAGAAGACUGGUCGCCCCGUCCGAUUUAAGGUGGAGAACUCCUGGGGUGAAGAUAGUGGCGUCAAGGGUUUUAAUGUGAUGAGUGAUAAGUGGUUCAAUCAGUUUGUGUUCCAGGUUGUGGUGCACAAGUCUUUUGCGACAAAGGAGCAUGUAAAGAUCUUCGAGUCGGGGGAGAAGGUGGUAUUGCCCGCUUGGGAUCCCAUGGGUGCUUUGGCUUGAAUACUAGAGCGGGCCCUCGUUGUGUAGUUUCUAUACCACAUAUAUACCAUUUGUUUGUAUGUUUGUAGAUCAGUCCCAAGAUGUUGUCGGUGAGGUUCGUGGACUUGUUGAGCGUGCGUGGUACUCUAAAACCAAACUAGAAUACUCUUGCCUUGCAUAACCUUGACACGACUUAGGCCCAAG